AUGAAAGGACUAGCUAUCGCCUCGGCCAUCCUCGGCUCUGCCUCCAUGGCCGCAGCCCACGCGACCUUCCAGCAGCUCUGGGUAGACGGUGUCGAUCAGGACACAAAGUGUGCCCGUCUGCCCCCCAGCAACUCCCCCGUGACAGACGUGACCUCGCCCAACAUCCGCUGCAACGUCGGCGGCGCCAAGGGCGUCUCCGGCGUCUGCGAGGCCACGGCCGGCAAGACCAUGGCCGUCGAGAUGCACCAGCAGCCCGGCGACCGCAAGUGCUCCACCGAGGCCAUCGGCGGCAACCACUUCGGCCCCGUCAUGGUCUACAUGUCGCGCGUCGACGACGCCGCCGCCGCCGACGGCUCCGGCUCCUGGUUCAAGGUCGACGAGUUCGGCUACGACGCCGACAACAAGACCUGGGGCACCGACGUGCUCAACGCCGGCUGCGGCAAGAGGACCUUCACCGUGCCCGCGCACCUCCCCGCGGGGGACUACCUCGUGCGCGCCGAGGCCAUCGCCCUGCACACCGCGUCGCAGGUCGGCGGCGCGCAGUUUUACAUGACGUGCUAUCAAGUCAAGCUGAGCUCGAGCGGCAGCCAGCUUCCCGAUGGCGUGAGCCUGCCGGGCGCCUACAAGGCUACGGAUCCCGGCAUCAAGGUCGAUAUCUGGGGCAACGGCUUCAAGAGCUACGAGGAGCCCGGCCCGGCCAAGAUUGCCGACUCGUACUUUCGAAGGCGUUAA